AUGACUAAGAAGGAUAUUGUCAUCUCUGUGUGUUGACCUGUGUGCUCAACCUGUUGCUCAUAUUUCCUUGAAUGUAUAGAUUAGCUUGCUGGAGGGUACAAUAAAUUAAAGACUCGAAAAAUGGGUUUUGAAGUGACGCGCUUCAUUUGUGAAAUAGACGAUGAAUUUCUGUGUACAAUCUGUACGAUGGUUUUAGAAGAGGCAAUGCAAUCACCGUGUGAGCACGUAUUUUGCAAAGAAUGUAUCAUGGCAUGGCUAGCAUCUGACAAUAGCUGCCCAGUUGAUCGUGGUGCUUUACAGGUCGUUGAUCUAAAACCAGCCCCUCGUUUUUUCCGAAAUUUGUUGGCAAAGUUCAUGAUAAAAUGUGAUUUUGCGCAAAAAGGAUGCGACAAUGUGGUCCAAUUGGAACAUCUACAAACUCAUGUAAUCAGCUGCGCACUAAAUCCGAAUGCAGAGGUUAUCUGCGAUAAGGGUUGUAAUAUGACAAUGUGCCGUCACGAAUAUGAAACGGGCAACUGUUUAACACAUCUUUCAAGCAGAUUGAUUCAAAAAGACUUAGAGAUCACCAGACUCAAUGCAUUGACAAGUUGUCUAGAAGAAGAAAAUAGACAAAUGAAAGAUGAGGUGAAACGACAACGAGAGGAGAAUAGACAAAUUAAUGAUGAAAAGCAUCGUCUACGGUUGCAGAUAAGCACUUUUCUAUUGAAAUGGCACCGAUCUGAAAAUGCCAAAUUUUCGGGUGAGUCAUCCGAUAUCUUGGAAGUCGACAACAAAAGUCGCACAGUUUUCGCUCAGUUAUUCUAUUCGUUGGAGUCGAACUUUUUCUUUGGGGUACAAAUCUUAGACUGGAACAUAGACAGUUGGAUGGUGAUUGGCCUAACUCGUAAACAUUAUCCAAGUUAUGAUCCUCCCGGAUGGUCGGCUGAAUCAAUUGGUUACAGUAGCUAUGGUAAUAUUCAAAUUAAUAGCACUUCAGAGAAAGUGGGAGUAAGUUGGCAAGAUGGGGACACCAUUCACUGUGGAAUCAAAUUUUGUGAAAAUACCACCAAUGAGACCGGAAACUUUAAAGUCAUGUUUUUACGAAAUGGUAAACGGGCCAUAGAAAAGUAUAUGGAAAUGCCUCGUGAUGGACUCUAUCCCACAAUUUGCAUGUGGAAUACGAAAGUUAAAUAUUUGACCCAAUGAAAUUUAGAUUUUUAAUUAAAUUUUUUACAGAAUGAA